AUGUUCAUAAAAAACAUAUUGUUAAAAAAAAUCAAAUGUUUUAAUAUUAUUGAUAAUAAUGCAGUGAAGAAAAAUAGCUAUUGUAUUUUAAUAAAGAAAUAUUAUUCUCAUCAAAGAAACAGUAGUAAUAAUAAAGGUAAUAACGAAAAGAAAAAUGAGAAAGAUAAUUAUUCAGAAGGAACUAUUUAUAAAGAGAAAAAUAAAAUAGAAAAAAAAGAAAAAGAUAAUUCUAAUUUAAAAGAAGAUGCAAAUAAUAUGAAAAAUAAUUAUAACGAUACUAUAAACAUUUAUGACAAAAAAAAACCAAAUUUUAUCAUUAAUUUUGUUUUAAAUCUUUUUGUAGAAAAACAUAAUAAAGAAAAUAAAAUACAAUAUAUAAAUGAAUUUAAAAAUGAAUUAAAUAAAUAUUUACGAAGUAGCGAUUCAAAUAUUUCAUGUAGCAAAAAUCAGAUAACGUUUACCAAUAUUUUUGCUAUACUUUACUUAUGCUAUAAAGAAAAAAUUUUUGAUUUAGAAUUUUUAUCAAAAUUAAGCGAAAAAUUUGAUGAACUAUUUAAAUCAAAAAAUGAAAAGGAAAUAUUAAAUAGUGAUAAUAUUAAUUAUUUCAUAAUGUUCUUCUAUUAUUUUUCAUAUUUAAAUGUAAAAAAUAUAACUUUGAAUAAUAAAAUAAAAGAUUUUAUAAUUAAUAACGAAGUUGAUCCUUUAAUAAUUUAUAAGUAUUUAGAAUCCCUUAGUUUAAUAAAUGAUGAAAACAAUAAUAUAACACCUGUAGUUCAAAUAUUUGUUGAAACAUUUUAUGAUUAUAACAAUUAUCUUUUACUAAAAAUUUUACAAUUUUUACAUAAUUUAAAUUAUAUAGAUAGAGAUAUUUUUUUUCUUCUCACAAAAAAAUUAAACAAAAAUAUUUAUAAUGAAAACGGGAACCUCUAUGAAUUAUGUAUGUUAUCUCGUAUCUAUGCAUUAUAUAAGAAAGAAAACAUAACUUUUUUUAACUACUUAUAUGAGGAUUUAAUGAUAAACAUAACAAAAUAUGAAGAUAAUUUUCAAAAUGAUGAAAACUAUUAUGUAAAUGAAUUAGAAAAUAAUGAAAAAAAAAAAUUUGAAAAUGGAAAUGAGAAGAGAAACAUUGAAAAAAUAGAUAAAAUAUUAAGUAAUAAUGACUCAAAUAUUUUAAAUGAUGAAGAAAACCAUAAGGAAGUAGCAGAUUCAUAUAUACAUGAAAUUGAAAAUAUGAAUAGAGAUAAUUAUUUUUUUUUUAAAAAUAGCUUGUAUAAUGAUGGCUUAAAUUUUUAUCCAUUUUUUAUAAGUUCAAAAACUACUAAUAAAGAAUGUUUUAAAACGAAACAAAAAUUGAAUAUAAAUUUUACAAAUAAUGAGAAUAAAAGUAAAGAUGAUAAUGCUCAUAUUUCAAAAUGGAAUAAAAUGUUUUUUUAUGAAGAAUAUAAAAUGAAAGAUAUAAAAAACGAAAAAUUUGUUAAUUGUGAGGAUAAUAAGAGUGAAGAUGAAAUAAUUGAAGUAAAUAGCAAAUUUUUAAAAGAAAAUUUGUAUUAUGAAUUUAGUUAUGAGAAACUUGUGGAAAUUUUUGUAAAUAUAAGUAAUCAGUUAGACAACUUAAAAAUUGACAUAAAUAAAAAAGAUGUUGUUAUUAUUAGUAAUUACGAUAAAAUGAUUCAGUAUAAAAAAAAAUUGUUGUUUAUUGAAAAUUAUUACAUUGGGCACAUCUUUCACAUUAUAGAUUCUAUGCUAUCACUGAAUAUACAUCAUAAUUGUGCAUAUUUUGAUAAAUUAAAAAAAAAAAUUUUAAAUUUAAUAAAAAAUAAUGAAAGUUAUAUAAUUGAUAAUUUUGAUAGUAAUGAAAUAAAAAGCCUUUUAAUUUUUUUGGCUCAUAUAAAUAAAUAUUAUAAAGAAAGUUUUAUUUAUUGCAUUACUCACAGAAUGGUAGAUUUGUAUAUUAACGGAUUAUGUAAACCAGAAACAUUAUCUAUUUUUUUUUAUAAUCUAUUAUCUUUUACUAAAAAAAAAAUUGUAAAAAAAAAUAGAUUCAAUCAUACUAUUAGAAAUACAAUAUAUAAUAGUUACUUUUGGUUAAAUGAUAACAAAAAUAUUACAAAAGAAGAUAAUAAUAUUUCUACAUUAGAAAAAAAGGAAAUUAGUAAUAUAUAUAAUAAUAUAAAAGUAAAAAAUCAUACCCUUUUACAGCUUUUAUCUAUAUAUAUUUGUAAAAAUGUAUAUUUUAUUAGCUUACCAACUUUAGCUUCAUUAUUAAGGUCACUAUCUUAUUUAUCCUUUAAUAAUUUUAAUUUUUACAAUGUGUUCAUACCAUUAUUUUUAAAACAUAUUGAAAAUUUAAAAAAUGUUGAUAUUUUAAAUAUAACACAAGCAUAUAAUAAACAAAAAAUAAAAAACAAAUAUUUCUAUUAUUUGCUCUCAAAGCAAUAUCAAAAUAAUUAUUCUAAUAAACUAAAAAAUUCGGAACCUAAAAUUAAAUUAAUUGGCUAA